UUUUUUCAAUAUUCAGUCUAUCGAAAUUUCGUCACCUGCAGCUGUGCUGCGUUAGCAACAAUCGAUAGAAAACGGGCCAUCUCUAAUCAGCUGUUUGGAUUGUUCGUUGUGUAACUUAACUAAACGCGUUAAAUUUUUGAGCACCAAGAUGUCCGCAUCCGCUGCCCGAGGCUCCACAUCGCUGCUGAAGCGCGCCUGGAACGAGAUUCCGGACAUCGUCGGCGGAUCCGCCUUGGCCAUCGCCGGAAUCGUUAUGGCCACCAUCGGAGUGGCCAACUACUAUGCCAACGACGGCGACAACCGCCGCUACAAGCUCGGCUACGUUGUCUACCGCCACGACGAUCCGCGUGCCCAGAAAGUACGCAACGACGAGGAUGACUAAAGAGGAUUUCGACCCUUCGGAAAAUCCUGUCGGCUCUCAUCUUUGAUUUUUUUUGUUUACUCUAAAGCUAAGUAAAACAAACAUCUAAAUGUACUGAA